AUGGCAAAGAAGAAGACUACUGUAUGUUCAGCAAACAAUGUCGGGGCCAUACCAGUCACUCACUGGACCACCGAAGAAACUUCCUGCCUUCUUGAAUACUUCAUAGCUCAUUGUGCCGAAGGUGGAGAUGGGAUGGGAUUUAAACAGACAACUUUUACCGGUGCAUCAACUCAUAUGCAAGAGCCGCUGGAUGGUGUUUCGAACCAUGUAGCUGGACCUAGCAGGGACUCACUAUCAUGCAAGAACAAUGCAAAAUAUAUAUAUACCGCUAUUGUCGACAUCAAAUCUCAAUCAGGCUUUUCAUGGGAUGAUGAACUUGGUGCAAAUAUUGUUCCUGCUGAUGCUGCUUGUUGGACAGCAUUUGCAAAGUCAUGUCCUGAUAUGAAACCAUUUCGCAACAAGGGCUGGGAACACUUCCAUGAGAUGGAUGAGCUUAUGUGCACACAACCCUCUCGUGGCACCAAUGCCUUCCAUGCUGGGCACGAGACGUUCAAGUCUGAACAAGCACUUUCUGAUGAUGGCCAGGUCAACGGAACGCCCAAGGAUACCCAACCUGUUGUGGAAGACGAAGCAGAGCAGCCAGGUGAGCAUGUUGAGGAGCUAGAGCGAGCAGCGGGAAUGGUCAGUGACAAAGAGAAGAUGGUUGAUGACAGAGAGGUACUGGUAGGGGCUGAGGAUGACAAUGAAGAUGAUAUCAUUCCUUGGAAAAUGACUCCUGUCAAAACCAUUGUCAAGCGCAAGUUUCGGUCUUCGACACCCUCCCUUAUCGCCUCUGGGUCUAGUACUGCGGCCUCAGGCUCUUGUCCUCCAUUGAAACGCCAGCGUGUUAGUGGAUCAGUGGGUGCACUCUAUGCAAUCAAUGACCAAUUUUCAGCAUUCAGUGACAUCUUCCAAGCCUCAUCACAAUCACAGUCAUCCUCAUCUAUUCUAUUAUCACCUCAACACAAGCAGGCGGCCAUGCGACGGGCACAACAGCUAGAAACACACCUUGAUGAUGAUAGCAUGGCGGCACUUAUUGAAGCAUUUCAGGUGGAUGUCAGUGCCGCUGAUGCCUAUAUGGUCAUGAUGGAUGACGGUCCAAGGAAGUCUUUUGUUGGUAGAAAAAUCAAACAUAUUAACCGGCAGGUUCUGUAG